AACAACAUCCGACUACGCCACUUCCGCUCACUGCCUGUCAACCAUGGCGCUACUCCUAAGGACGUUUGCCCGGCAGGGUGUGUGUCUCUCCAGACAGCACUACGGCGUCUUCUACAGACAUGCUGCUCCCAUGGGAACCACAGCUAAGGAGGAGAUGAACAAGUUUUGGGCCAAAAAUAACAAAUUAAACAGGCCCAUGUCUCCUCAUCUCACCAUUUACAACUGGUCCGUCCCCAUGGUGAUGUCCAUCACAUUCAGAGGAACUGGAGUGGGGCUCAGUGGAGCUAUCUCCGCCUUCGCCUUGGCUGCGCUGGUAUUACCGGGAACUUACCCCCACUACCUGGACUUGAUCCACUCGCUGUCCGUCGGCCCCUAUCUCAUCGGGUUGGCCAAGUUCGGCCUCGCCUUCCCAGUAUCGUUCCACACCUUGAACGGCAUCCGCCACUUGUGCUGGGACCUUGGCAAAGGCUUCAGGAUCCCAGAGGUCUACCGCUCGGGCUACACAGUUAUUGGCCUGUCCAUCAUCACCUCCCUGGCAGUGGCCUUCCUCCUCUGAGCGGAGGACCAGCGGAGAGGAGAGGAGAGGAGGAGGGAAUGUAGAUUGUAUUCACUGCGGGGAGUUUUAUGUAUGUGUAUGUUAUGUUCCGGCCUACUGAAGGCACCAUUUCGCCAAAUUAUGAAAUAAAGGAUUAUAUUAUGCUGUAUGCCGAAA